AAUAUGUCACGGGAGACAAACCUAGUUACUGAAUUCACGUGAUAGAUAAUUUAAAAAAAAUAUGUCUAUGAUGUAUUCAUGAAUGAAAUAGUACUUUUUGAAUACGUGUGUAAAAAAUGUCCGAGCUUGACCCUCUCAUUAACCGUGGCGCUGCGGAUUCAUUUUACGAUAGAGUUGUCCGUCCAUCGUUGGCCGAAUUUUUCGGCACCAUCGUCUUUGUAUUCGUUGGAUGUAUGGCUGUCCAGACCCAGGUUGUGGCACCUAUCGCCAUUGCUCAUGGACUGACCAUAGUUGUCCUGAUUGCAGGGCUUGGGAAAAUUAGUGGCGGUCACUUUAACCCAGUCGUAACACUUGGGGUAACGCUGUCAGGGGGAAUGCAUUGGGUCGCCAGUAUCUUCUACGUUUUGGCUCAGCUACUAGGAGGUAUGUUCUGGUGUAUUUUUCAGGCAGUUCUACCCGAAACUGUGUAUAAAGAAAUAACUGGAGGCGCGCAUACUCUGGGAAGUGGCGUAUAUGCGGGCUGGGCGGUGCUGGCUGAAGGCAUACUGACCUUCUUAUUAGUGUUCACCGUCUUAUUAACCGCAGUAGAUGAAAACAAGACUAAGUUAGCUCCCUUGGCUAUCGGAUUUUCAGUGGUUGUAGACAUUAUUGCAGGUGCAAAAACAACGGGGGCAUCUAUGAAUCCAGCAAGAAGCUUUGGACCCGCUGUUGCAUACUCUAAAUAUGGGGACGUAAAUGUUUGGGAACAUCAUUACGUAUACUGGUUUGGUCCUAUAUGUGGAGCUGGUGUGGCAGCUCUUUUAUAUAAGAUGCUGUUUGCUACCGGAAACAGAAGACUCUACAUUGAACGAUAAACUAAUUUUAUAUAAUAAUUUUGCAUAAAUUUAUUCUCUUUCUGUAGUAUUAUUUAUAAGCUUUUUAAUUUUUUGUUAUUUUUAUGUUAAACAAAAAUUAAAUACGUGUAAAAUGUUA